GGCAGUGUCAAGCAUGAAUACGUACCAGACAACUAUGUUUGUGGUUGUAGCCAUCGUCUGUACUCUCUUAACGACGUGGAUCACUGGUUGCGCAAACGCGGAUUCCUUCAUGUCAAAAGAACAAGAUACUACUCAUAACGAAGCAGCCCUUGGAAUACCCCAAUCUCGGCGUCUUUUGGAGUACAGGCGCGCGAGUUAUACUACGUUGAGAGAUAGGGGUCAAGUGCUAAUCAGUCGUUGGAAGAGGUACUCUGGUAACAACCGCCGAGGAAAUAAACAUCAUAAAAUGCCCAGGAGGAAAGACAAAAGAUCAGUUGAGUCGGGCAGAAGUGUGGACAAUUACCCUGGGUUUCACAUUAAUGUGUCUUCAUGUGGCGUGGACAAAAACUGUGUACGGUUUGGUAGCCCUAAUUGUGGUCACAGAGAAUGUACCUACAUGUUCACUUUCCGGGUGAUCGGUGACACAGUAGAGUUAGAGCUCAGCGCCAAAACGCAGGGCUGGGUCGCCAUAGGCUUCUCAUCGGACAAGAAAAUGGGAGCUGAUGACGUCAUAGCUUGUGUCCGCAGUGUUGUUCCGUCCAAAAUCCGUGCCUUGUUUCUUAUCAAUCCCUACUCCCACGAGAAACCGCACGAGAAGGACAUUCCCGUGAACCUGACGGCGGCGGAGUACAAAGAUGGCUACCUGUCCUGUAGAACCCGGCGAGCCGUGUCGAUUGACGGCGCAAUGGACUUAACCAACGACUGGUUCCAUCUUUACGCUUGGGGAAGCGUCGGAGCUAGCGGCUUAAUGAUGAGACAUGACCUUGAGAAGCCACCAACAUCAACACAAUCUUACAGCAUAAUCAGAAAAAACGUGAACGUAGUUCGGCAGUUGGUAAGCGGGGCUGAGCAAAGGUAUAUUGGCUGUGUAUCACUGGUAGCGUUUGUACUCAUACACGCUCUAGCGGUGAACUAAGGGCUUGGUGCGUACGGGUUGAAGCGGUUUGCGUUCCUUGUAGAAAAAUCUGCGGAUAGUGAGUGCGGAGGUGGAUCAUGUCUGCUGACAUCGGGGCGGAGUUUUACGACAGUGGUAAACUUACAGGCACCGAUGAGGUUACAAGACUUUUUUUUCUCUCUUUUUGGUACAGCAUUUAUAUGUCUGAGAAAUGUUAUAUGUGCGGCAAACCUGGCGUGGCUUCAAAUGUUAACGUUUUGGUUGUGUUCUGUUGAGUCGGCAAAUAUGGAUUAUCUGUAGCUUCGUGUAAUUGAAAUG